AUGAGAUCCUUCGUGUCAACAUCCUCGGCCGUGCUGGCCCUUAGCCUGGCCCCGGUUGUUCUAGGCCAGCUGAAAGUCGACACUUCUAAGCCAGAUACCUUGAGGGCCGCUGCAAAAGUGGUCAUGCAAAAUCUCGUCGACGACUAUACCAGUCAGAAACCAUUCGUUGCUGGCCUCAUCCCGUCUGAAUACAGCUUCUUCGAGUCGGGCGUGUUCUUCAACACUGUCCUCAACUACGCCGCAUAUACUGGCGACAAGUCAUAUAAUUCCCUCUUCGAGAAGGAUUUCUUUAACCAAAUCGGUGAAAACGCCAAUUUUAUCCCAAGAAACAGUUCUGCCAGAAUUGUUAACGAUGAUGUUGGAUACUGGGCUCUUGCUGCUAUGAGCGCUGCCGAAUUCGGUGCAUCGCCUGCCGAAACCUCUAUGCCGAGUUACCUUACCCUUGCGGAUAACGUCUUCAAUGACUUUGUCCGACGAUGGGAUGACAAGGCUUGUGGUGGUGGUCUUAGAUGGGCUAUCCAAGCCAGUGAUGAUCGUUACGAUUUCAAGGAUACCAACUCCAAUGGUAUUUUCUUUGAAUUGGCUGCCCGUCUAGGCUUUAACACUGGGAACAAGACAUAUUUGGACUGGGCGAAUAAGGUCUACGAUUGGACCACCAAGACCAAGCUUAUCGGCACUUUGGACACCAACAACGUCGGACAAGUCCUCGCUGGUGCUUCAGUAAAGGAUAAAUGCCAACAGAUCGAUCAGUCCUACUAUUCCGCUCAACAAGCCAACUAUGUCUACGGCGCUGCUAUUAUGUACGCAAAGACCACAACCAAUACUUGGCUAGACCGUCUCUCCGCAUUGGUACAUUACACCAGCUCUGCUUACUUCGGUCCUCAGCAAUACGUCGAUGACGGAAGAUCUCAGGUUGUCAACGAAGCGGGUUGCGAAUACGACAAUAAAUGUACUGUCGACCAAAAAGCAGGGAAAGCCAUCCUCUUCCGUUCCCUUGCCGUUGCGUUGAGAUAUAACGAUUUGAAUCUCGUAAUGAAGGUCCAGAUCUCCAACUCUGCCAGAGCUGCCGCCAAGUCUUGCAACGGUGAUGGCGACUGUGGAUUCAAGUGGGAUCAAUUGGAGUAUGAUGCCACAAAGGGAUCCGGUUAUGGCGAAAAGAUGGCCGCUAUCGAGAGUUUCCUUGCUCUAGUCCGAGACACUGAAUCCAAGCCUAUAAAAGGAGUUUUCGAACCUCAGGCCCAGACUGAAAGCCCUUCAACCACUGAUACUUCCGCCCCAGCUAGCGAGACUUCCGCGGCCCCUGAAACCUCCAAGAUGCCUAACUCUGGAUCAAGACUAGCAGUUAGCGGUGCUUUGGGUGGUGCAGUCCUUGCAUCCCUUUUGCACAUGCUUUUGUAA